AAAGCCAAGAGACGUCUUCAUGGUGAGCUUACGUACACCCUCCUUUUCUUGCGUUAGUCGUAUCUACUGCUUCUGUUCCUCCUCUGGCGUUUCAAGAGGUUGUAGAGAAAGACGAUUUUUCAACUUUUCCUCUUCAAUCUUUUCCAAGCGCUUUCUUCUCCUUCUGGGAGAGAUCAAAGUACUCCUGUAGUCAGCCCAUGUGUGUCAUGUAAUGACUUCCCCUCCCUUUGUUGUAUGCUCUCUCUCUCGUAGGGCGUGGAUUCACCCGCAGAGGAUAGCGACGACCGCGCGCAUGGCGGUGACUCCCCAACGCCUAUCCAAGGUCUUCGAGUUCAUGCGACCGCCCAUGUUCGUUCUUAUUCUAGGUUUCUCGGAGGAUUUGGACGAUGACAACAUGGUCGGAGAAGACUCGGACGAUGAGGUGGAACAGGAUUUGGAGAUUCUUUCCCCCGUGGCUGCUAUGCUGAACGAGCACUCUGGACAGGGCGACCAGGGCAGGCACUAUCUGUGCUGCAUCAUCAACGUAGUGGAUGAGGAGCUAUACCGCGUGUUCGUGAAAGAGAGGGAGAAAUCGAACACGGUGGCUCUCACCUAUCCUACGGAAAUCCACAAGAUCUCAACGGCGCGUGGGAAGGUCCUGUAUUACAUUGCGGGAUGGUUGCUAAGCAAGGCGUGGUCGCGUAAGAGAAGGCACAACAUACCCGACCAGGAGUGGGACUUCAUAGUGCAGCACAAUCAUUCCCCCUCUAGUGCGGGCGCCAUUGAGAGAGAUCCGAUCCUCCAAGAUAUGGUUGGGGAGGUCGAUGCGAGGAAUGAUCCCGUUAACGGUGCGGGGCUCCUCUUUCCUACACUGGCGUGGUACGAAUUCGUAUUCCACGUCGAGAACGGGAUAUACCAUUUCCUCCGCGACCCUUACUUUCUAGGUACUUAUCUAGGGGACUUAUCGGCUGAGAUCUUGAGGGUAGUCACCGAGUCAUCAGAGGUACGGAGGGCAUGGGCUAAAUGCUGCCCUUCCGCCGUUGCCCCCCCCCCGUUCGAAGCGCAACCUGAGAUUCUCGACGACAUAUACAAAUUUGUCUUGCAGAAGUUUCACAACGUCCGUAUGGGGGAUUUCGCACGCCGAUUGAGUCAAAAUUCCACGCUCAGGCUGUCGAAGGGCGAAUUGGCCCUGCGCCAAAAUCUGAGAGCCACCAGCGCGAAGGGGGAGGCCACAGCGAAGGGGGUGGCUCCAGUUGGUGGGGGGAUUGAUGGAACGAGCCGGUUGGCGGGUGGUGUCAUGGCAGGCUCGGGGACUGUGACGAAUGAGGGUCUAGCUGUUGAGACGGUGAGAAAGAUGACCAAGCCACAGUUGCGGCAGGUAGCCACGAAGCCGAGGAUGGUCAGGCGCAAGUCGAACCAAGACUCACGCGUGAUGAAAUGCUUCUUCCAUCCCAGGUCUCCGCCGCCGGUCGGGGGGGGGAACUCCUGCAGCAUGUCGUUCCAAUCGUCGAAGUACCUCAGAAUCUCCAUGAGCCUCUCGAGGAUGGGGUCCUCAGCCGAAGUCACGUAUCCCUUCAUCUUGUUGAUUUUCGCGCGACGCUCGAACUUCGUGCGACCGUAA